UUGCAUGCCGGGAACAACAACAUGGCGGUAGAUUUGGACUUCCCUCCAGUGUAAAACAGCAUAUUUUCUUUACCUAAAUCGCAAUUGAUGCUAACUUCAUUGCCCUUGGCGGACCCGUAUGUAGCGGCUGAAGACUUCCUAGCUGGAGACUUCCUGGGUGUCUGUCAUGGACCGAGCUCCAGCAGACCUUCAACCGCCGGUCCACAGCCUGUCCCCGGAGGGGCCGACCUCCAGGGCCAACCGGCUGAGGAGGAGCUCCAGAACCCCGAACCAGAAGCCCCAGUCCCCGGGGGGGGCUACCUCCAGAAUACUGAGCCAGACGUCCCCGGGCACCCACGCUCCGGAGACCCGGGAGACAGCUCCCCUCAAACACAGACACGUCUGGGCCCAACCACCUCAUGCAUUCAAUACGCCAACCAGAAUGGCCCGGUCUAAAUAUGACACUGUCUUUUGUGUCGAAUCCCCAAACAAUGAUGGGGAGUUUCAACAGGACAUUGUUUGGGAUGCUAACUCUCCCUCCCCUGUCAGGCCAGGGAAAAAAGGAAAGAGCCGUGCAGCGGGGGCUGCAAUCGGAAUCUCAGAAAUUGUCCGCAGAAUAGCUCCCAUGCAUGGACGCCCAGCGGUGGUGGAGCCCGCUUUGCAGGUGUGGAUUGAAAGCGCUGCUAUUCCCUGUACUCCAGAGGAGCACCACCCCAAGAGGAAGUCCCCAAGGCCCAACGGUGUAGACGAUCUGCUGAAACUGGCCAAGCAGUUUGACUUCAACAUGUUUCGGAAAGACGAGGAACGGGCGGAGGAAAUGCACAAGCAGGCCUUGGGGCUUCUGUCAGACGACAUCUUGGAAGGACCCCCUCGGGCGGACCCCCUUCCACCAGCGCCAGAGACGGCCAGCAAGAACCCCUCCCCUGUCUGCGGGCUGCAGGACUACCACAUGGAAGAUUUCUUUGACCAGCCGACGCAAGACUGCAGCAGUAACCUCAUCCAGAUGGUAUGCCUCGGGUCCCUGGAGAGCUCCAGCUCCGGGACGGCAGGCGGGGCCCCACACUGUGCGACUCCUCCCAUUCCCACUCCUGCUGAAAACGGUCCAGCUGCGGUCCAGUUGGAUGACGACUGGGAGAACGACUGGGAGAACGAGGAUUUCCUUAACGACACCUUAGUCAUGGAAAUUACCCCAAAUCCACCGUGCUUUGCCCUGCCAAAGUACUGCUCCACACAAAGCAGAUGGGAUGAGGCCCUCCCUGGCAGCACGCAUCCCUCUAGAGGUACACCAGGCAGGCUGGGAGGGGAAGGUGGCCCGGCAGAGAAGGAGCCCAGAAUGCCGAAAAACAGAACCACUUUCAAAUUGGAUGUAAUUCCUCUGAGCCUCAAUGAGAAGGAUGCGGCAGCGAGCCAGGCGUCCAUGACAAACACACCGCAGAGCGAGGCUUUGUCGAGGAUGAACCCCCCAGUCUCGGGCUCCUAUACACAGAGGCCAUCGCACCCUCCAAGAGGAGCGCUGCCCGGUCCCCCUGCCGGCCCGCAGCCCAAGACCUCCCUCGCCAACGCCAACGCCAGUGCCAAACGCACCUUGGCCCGGACAACCCCCAUGACCUCAAACAAGAUGAAAGAAAACCAACCGGUGAGGUCCUCCAAUAUCCAGGCCAUGGCGACCAUCAGCUGUUCUGCUGAAGCCCCAGGGCAAGAAACUCCGCCCGUGGUGCCGGCCAGCGACGACUACCGAGACCUGGACGAGUUAUUUUCUUCAGAGCCCGUUUGGGACGAGGAGGGUGACGACGACCUCCUGUGUCAAAUGUGCGAGGACCUGGAGACUCAAGCGGUGGUGCUGGAGAGGCCUGCAGCGCUAAAGCAACCCCUGUCGCUAGACAAGAAGCCUGGCCAGGCGGCCCAGAGACCGGCCCGGGUGGCAACUCCCCCCCGGGUCGGGGACCAGCAGAAGGGUUGUCCGGCUGUAAAGGUCUCGAAACAGCCCUCGCCCAGCGCGCCGCCUCCUCCUUCUGCCUCUCUGGCGGCCCAAUGUUCUCCUCCUGAUCGCGUGCAGCCAUCAGGGCUGUCUGCCAACCCCUUCACAGGGAACGCCUUGCCUAGCAUCAAGACCACCAGCACGGAGUCCUUCAAAUACGCACUGUCAGUUAGCAAUGUGGACCAUUCUCAAUGCUACGUAGGAGGACCUCCACCCAAAGCUGGAGAUAAGGGUCAGUUCUCUGUUAAGAAGCCGCCGAGCCCCAGCGUCAAGGUGAUCCCUACAGGGCCCAAGAAGUGCUCGAAGGCAGAGAUCGAGCGCAAAAAGAGGCAGGCGCUGGAGAGAAGACGACAGCACCUGCAGGGGCCCCAGAACCUGGGCGCCCCAACACGGGGCCGCUGAGCUCUCAUCUGACGCAGGAACGCAGAUCCUUGACUACCUUUGUUUCUGUUGGUUUUCACACAAUGUUUGACACCACGUUUACUUAGACUUUACUGCUUUGUUUCUACCUAUAUUAUCUUUUUAACACUAAUCAUUUUUAGGAUUAGCCAUUUAAGGAUUGUCAACGGAUACAUUGAAUCUAGCACAUUUGGUUUGAAGCUCUUCUACGCUUACAGCAGUGUCCCCCAGGGGGCCAAUACCAGACACAAGCUCCCCCCAGUGGCCACGUGCAGGGACACGCUAACCUGGAGACUCCCCAGUUUAAAGGUUUUCAUCUCAAGCAAAAUAUCUAAAUUGUUUAAUAUAUAUUUUCGUGUUUGUCAAGUUCUGUUAAUAAAGUUCCACCUGAGGACGGUUUUACUCA